CAGUGCACUGACGUGUCCCGUGAGGUUGCAGUGCGGUCCGGGAACUCCGAACGCAGGAAUUAACCCGCAGUCCUCGCCCCGGCGGCUCACACUUCUCCCCUCAUUCCCUCCCCUGCAAAAGCAAGAGAAAGAAAAGCUUUCCCCGACCACCUCCGGCAGCGGGCGAGAUGGAAGGAAACGCGUACGGCGCAGCCAUGGCGGGCGGGGCGUUUGAUCUGAAGAACUUUCUCCAGAAGCCGUAUGUUAUCGCUCGGAUCGUAAGCUGGAUCUUCUCAAUCAUUGUGUUCAGCUGUAUUGUUAGCGAGGGUUAUUUGAAUCACCCAGAGUCUGGAGAGCUGCGGUGCAUCUUCAAUGACAAUGCAGGUGCCUGUCAGUACGGCGUAGGCAUCGGAGUGCUUGCGUUUAUCAUCUGCAUUGUCUUCUUUUUUCUUGAUGUUUACUUCCAGCAGAUCAGCAACGUCAACCAACGCAAACACAUCGUCGUGGCUGACCUUGGAGUUUCAGGUCUCUGGACUUUCCUGUGGUUUGUUGGCUUCUGUUUCCUCACCAAUCAAUGGGUGUCGGUUAUUACCCUGCCCCCUAUAGGGUCGGAUAGUGCCCGGUCAGCCAUUGCCUUCUCCUUCUUCUCCAUCUUUAGCUGGGCCUUUCUGACUAUUUCUGCCUACCAGAGGUUUCAGAUGGGCGUGACCGACUUCUCUGACCGAUACACAGAUCCAUCGAGUGACUACCCGCCGUACCCCAACGUUGCAGAGAACUACCAGCAGCCUCCGUUUGGUAAUGCACCCCAGCCGGGCACCAAUGAGUACCGCCCACCCACGUACUAAGCCCGCUGGGCACCCUCCUGAGAGCUCCACCUGAGUGUGAGGCCAAAACUGGACUGUGCAUUGACGAAUAGGAAAAGCCACUGUUGCCACAAACCAAGCUUUCUACCAAUUUAAGGAUUUGGCCUUCUAUUUUUUUUCUUCUGUACCCUUUUUCCCCCUCCCAGUCUUGUCAUUGCUUCCCCUGACUUUAUUUUAUCUUCCUGUCCCCUCCCCCUGGCAGGGUGGCAGGUGUUCUGCUGAACAUGCCCUGACGACACUGGUGGGUCUGAAAGGGAGCCUACUGGGUCAACACUCCCGUUCUGUUGCGAGGAGGAAGUCGAGGCUUGUGAAAGGGGGAGGGCAUGGGCUGGAGCCCAUAAUCCCUUCCUUUUGCAAGGUUUCUUCUAUAAAAGUUCUUUGUUCUUCCAAAGGCACAACCUUUUCCAAGCUAGAGAUUUGUCAUCAAAUUACGGCCCACUCAGCGGAUCAGUAAAUCUCAUUCAGCAAUGAAUGGUUGGUGUUGACUACCGCUUGGGCGUUGGUAGGAAAUGGUUUCAAUCUGGGUUAAUAUGAUCUAGUACCAAUCUUCACGAUUAACAUAGUGCGAAGGUAAGACCCACCUUUGAACUUGUGGCUUCUUAGCCAUUCUUUGUCUCGAAUGAGUUUCUGUGUGCUAACGGACUCCCACUCUUGAUUUGUGUUUCUAAUUUGGACAUGUCAGGGAUGUUGAUAUCCAGCUCCAUAAAAGCUGCUGUUCCCACUUGAGUUGCAGGCCACUAUUAGUAACCGUUGUCCAGGAAGACGAGCGUAGUCCCAAUGCCAUUGGAGGUUAUCAAGUGCAGUUGGUGGGUGCUUUUCCUUUUGACAUCAUUGUGUGCCAAGCGCACUUGCCCCCCAUUGUUAGAACCCAACCUAUCAGCAUUGAGCCUCCAGAAAUGUUAAUGUGCACAGACAGUCCCCACUGUUGUGAGAAAGGUUUUUUGAGCCAGGUUUGGUGCAUCAGGUCAGCAUGCACAGUGUUUGUCUGAGCAGUGCUCAACGUGAAAGGGAUGGACUUCGUAUCGUAGGCUUGGCCCCUUGAGCUUCGAGUCAGCAUCUCCCCACACUAACUGUGUGAACGCCACUCGGCACAGAACCUAGUGCUGUAGACCGUAGUUUAGGCUCGCAGCUGUUGUUGGUAGAAGGUGCUUCUAAUCUGGUUUAAUGUGACCGCCAUCAUAGAAGAAGAACAUAGAACAUCCCACAUGGAUGUUUGUUUUAUCUUCACCACAAUUCCCUCGGUUUUACAGAUAAAGGCUUAAUGAUAAAGACAAGGGUGAUAAUGUAGAAGUGACUGGCGAACCAUUACCUAGGGUAUGUGAAACAGUAUCUGCAGUUAAGAGGGAUAAUGUUGGUAGGGGUGAGUUGGUGGUGUGUUUCUAUGUACAGUGGAGAGAUAGGGACCUUAAUAAUCAUUCAAUGAUGCUAAUUAGUCAAAACAAAAAUAAGUUCUACAUUUUUAACAUUAUUGGGGUUUGCAUUUACAAUAAUUGAAUAACCUGACACAGGGACCUGUUUCUGAAAAGUGUAUUCAUCUAAUGCUCUAAAGCCUUUCGACACCAAAACCCUGAUCACUUAAUAUGCUCUGCAUCUCAAACCUUAAUCGUCUCAUUUUCUUUGGUGCCCUAAACCCUAACCCCUUGCUCUGGGUCCGACUUUUAUAUAAUGUCAUGCUUGGGAGUUUUAAAAUUCAUCUCUUUAGCUCCUUUUGGUCUCUAAUGUGGUUUCUAUGGUGGGUAUGUUUUCUUCUAAAAUGAGUUCAUAAUCUCUUUAUUAUGGGGGUGGUAGAAAUUGGAGAGGUCUAUAUCUUCCCCAGUCCCCCGACACUUCCUUGCAUGGCAGGCAUAAUUAAUCAUAAUGUUACAGCCAAAUUCAGAUCACUUCUUCCUGAUCUGACUUGGUUUGUGCUUAUCCUACGCAGACUCCAGACCUAGGUUCUGAUUAUUUCACUGUUUUUUGCAGUCAGGAAUUGAAAAGAUAGAACUUAUUGUCCAGCUUGUGUCCCAUUAUAGCUUAAUAGAAAUUGCUGAGAUGGGGUAAAGCAAACUUUAUGAAGUCUGUCCUUGUUCUCCCAAACUUGGGCGUGGGAGAAAUUACAGGCAUGUGCCUCUGUUCAGGGAUUGCAUAACCUCAUACACUUUCAACUUGUGAAGACGAAAUUCAAAAAUACUGCAACCCCAAGUUGACAAGAUAAAGUCAAGAAACAUUGGGCCAAAUACACAUGUUGGAAGUUGAGAUUUGUGUCUGUUUCUGAAGUCUCUGCCCCAUAGAACUAGACAUAACCAUGAGGAAAAAUCCUUAGGAAAUUGUUUCAAUUUCAUUAUUCAGUGCUGUCACUAAUUUACUUAUGAAUUGUGUCCUUGAUAAAAGGAAUCCUAACUGAGAGAACAAUUGAUAAACACCAAACAUUACAUUUUGCAGAUUGUUGGAUUCCAUUGUUGUAGAUCCUUGGGAAUUGAACUACGUGUGGCUCUUGUGUGUUGCUCUUCCCUUGACAAUGUGUUUUGGCAGUUUUGAGCAGUUGAACCUCCACUGGUUGUGGUUUGGAUUGUCACGUGCUGUAACCAGUUGCAUUCUCGGUAAGAGGAAGCUUAUCAAACUGUCCUGGAAGUGAAGUCUAGGGUGUGAAUCUUUCACUGCUCAACUUAUUUAUUUUUAAGAAAUGCUUAGAUAAGGUGCUUAUUUUAAUUAACCUGGCAAUGGGGAUUGUAAAUACUGAGUGCAUAUUUACAGUGCCUCUGUAGAUUUUCAAGAGCAUUGGUGCACUUUGAGUCACCUGAACAGUGUUGGAUAUUGGAGCACAGGGAUUUCUGGGUUUGCAGGUGUACAUGGCAUGGAUCCCAACCUGAGCAAGCACUGUGUACAUAGUUCCAUUUAACACAAAACAGGGGAAAUGGGGCAAUGUUAUGGUUGGGUUAAGAACCAGCAAAGAGGCUAGAGGUUGUGCAUAAUGAGGGAUCUAGUUGAUUAACUCCUGGUUUCAUGGCAUACAAGGAGCCAUGGUUUUGUGUUCUAAAGGCCUACAGAUUUUUAUGAGAAGUUCAUAACCUCUCUUAAUUAUGGGGUUGGGGAGAUGUUCCAUGCUCCAGCUUUUGUCAAUAUUCCCCUUCCUCCAAUGACUUAAAUAUUGCUGAUGUUUCAGCCAAUCUUCACCUCUCAAUCAGUAACACAUACUGAUCUCUCUACAGUUACAUAGCUCACUGUGGAAGCUUGCUGUGCAUUGAUAUCCUGCAUCACAACUAUGAAUAUGUUUUAAACUGAACUUCAUUGUCUGCAAGACAUUUUUUGAGAUAAGGCCAGGGAGGAGCCAGUUAAUUGAUUUUUGUUUUGACCCGAUACCCAGUGCAGAAGAGAUUAGCUUAUGGGAGAUCAAUAUUGCUGGAGGUUGCAGACGCUCCUGUAUUUGAGCAUCAGAGUUCAGAAGAGCUGGUUGUGAAACCUGUCAGCUGAUUUUGGUGUCACAAUCUUGUUCUUCAUUUGCAUCAGGAACAAAAGCUUGCUUGUUCACAUAGAUCAGGCCAACUGUUCACCUCCCUAUCCCUGCCCCACCCACUACGGCGGCACACACUUAAUAGCGUCGAUAUCAAAUUGCUUUUGUUUGCUGGCUGGCCAGGACCAUGUGGAUUGAUUAAAUGAAAUAUCAAACUAAUAAUAACUCUGUAAAUAGAAACUUCUUUCAGAAUUUUCAUGUUAUUCUGCAUAAAAGCAUGUGGUGCCAGAAUCAAAGAUAGACGACUAACUGAAGAAAGCCUUAACUUGCCAACUUUUGUGUUCCGGCAACUCUUGCAAUUCCAGUUUUGACUUGUGUAUAGUUUUCAAGUCCGGGGUGUUUCUGUGGGAAGUGACGUCAGUACGACAGCUGACCAACCACGGUGGAUUUUGUGUUUUUUGGGAGGGAAGAUAGCCAAAGUAUUGCGCUCUGCAAAGCAGUGGAGAGCUGGAAGAGGCUAAUUAGUUCUUCUAGGCACCAAGAUGAUCAGUUGCACAAUUUGUGUGACCUGGUAUCGGGGGAGGGUGAUUAUUUCAUUGUUUGAAUUUUUUGUACCUCUUUAUAUUUGCGAUUGCAUCGAUAACCAAAAUCACUUUUAUAAAAGGAUUCUUUUGUAUUCUUUGUGCUACUGAAACAGGGCUUUAAACGAUGGAGUAAUAUUACUUAGCUUUUGGUUAACUGUGGCAGUGGCUGAUUGAAUGUUUUAAAAAAAAACAAAA